GCGAGUGUUCCCCAUGAAGCAAGCCAUCACAUAAAAAGUUAUAAUAGCCAGCAAACAUAACUUUAAAUUUACACAACAGUAAACAAACUAAGAUGAAAUAAGAAGCAACCCUAUACAUAUAUACACUCCCAAAACUUACUUCUCCAACUACAUUUUUUACCAACUUUCCUAAUUAAGCCUUUGGGAUCAAACCAAAACCAACAAUAAUUAAUCUAAGUCAAUAAUUAACCAAAAAUGGUGUCAUCAAAAAAUGAGCAUUCCAAAUCAUCCAAGUAUGUAUGUGUGAUUGGUGCCGGGCCGUCGGGUCUUGUAGCGGCUAGGGAGCUUAAAAAAGAAGGGCACAUAGUAGUUGUCCUAGAACAAAACCAUGACAUUGGUGGGCAAUGGCUAUAUGACCCUAAAAUAGAGGGAGAAGAUCCCUUAGGAAGGGCAACCAAAUUUCUUAAGGUUCAUAGUAGUAUGUAUGAAUCUUUAAGGUUAGCAUCUCCUAGGGAGAUCAUGGGAUAUACCGAUUUCCCGUUUAUCGAGAAGAAAGGAAGGGAUUUGAGGAGAUUUCCGAGUCAUAGGGAGGUUUUUUGUUACUUAAAUGAUUUUUGUGAACAUUUUGGGUUGAGAGGUAUGGUGAGGUUUAAUACUAGGGUUGAGUAUGUGGGGAUGGUGGAAUUUGGUGAGGAAUUGAGAUGGGUUGUGAAAAGUAAAGAGAAAAAGAGUGAUAGAUUGGUGGAAGAAGUAUUUGAUGCCAUUGUUGUUGCUAGUGGUCAUUAUUCUCAACCUAGAUUGCCCAAUAUUAAAGGUAUUGAGUCUUGGAAAAGAAGACAAAUACAUAGUCAUAUUUAUCGAAUACCUGAACCAUUUCGUGAUGAGGUAGUGGUGACUGUAGGAAGUUCAAUGAGUGGACAAGAUAUAUCAAUGGAAUUGAUAGGAGUGGCAAAGGAAAUUUACGUGAGUGCAAGAUCUCCAAUUUCUCUUGGUUUCGACAAAAUAAUUGCUAAGCACACAAAUCUGCAUCUUUGUCCACAGAUUGACUCUCUAAAAGAAGAUGGAAAUGUUUUGUUUGCGGAUGGCUCUUUGGUCAAUGCGGACACUAUCAUAUACUGCACCGGGUAUACAUAUACAUUUCCGUUUCUUGACACCAAAGGAAUUGUUGGGGUGGAUGAUGAUCGAGUAGGACCUCUAUAUGAGCAUACUUUCCCUCCUUCCCUUGCUCCUUCUCUUUCUUUUAUCGGAAUCCCUAGGAAGAUCAUAGGAUUUCCUUUCUUCGAGUCACAAGCAAAAUGGAUAGCACAGCUACUAUCAGGGAAAAAGUCAUUGCCAACUUGGGAAGAAAUGAUGAAAUCAAUCAAGGCAUUCUAUCAGUCCAAGGAUGCUGCUGGCAUUCCAAAGCAUAACACCCAUGACAUUGCUGAUUUUGAAUACUGUGACAGGUAUUCAGACAUAGUAGGAUUUCCGCGCUUAGAAGAUUGGAGGAAGGAGCUAUGUGUAUCAGCACUGAUUAAUGCAGAGACAAACCUGGAGACAUAUCGCGAUGUUUAUGAUGAUUUUGAACUGCUUCAAGUCGCUCUUCAAAGCUCUCAUUUCACUCAAUUUGAAACAAAGUCAUUUGAACCAUAA